UUGGUCAACAAGCCGCCAGAGCCGUUUUCAGUCCGCGGACUUCUUCAGUUUGCUCCGCGGAUUAUAGCUUCAUCCCUACACAACUCGGUAAAGAAGCGCCUGAAAGCUGUUUGUGCCGGGUUUUGAUGUGGGUUAGUGUGGCUCUGGUUCGGGGAGGGUGAACGGGUCGGUUCAGACAGUGAGGAGAUCGUUUCCAUGUGGGCAGAUUAUCGUCUAACAAAAGACCCGCUUUCUGCCUCUCGCUCCGUCUGCUCUCCCGAUCUCCGUGCGGCCAGUGGACUCGGAGCUGCGAGAUGCCGCUACUCCACAGAAAAGCCUUCAUCCGACAGAAGCCUCCGGCGGAUCUGCGGCCGGACGAGGAGGUGUUUCUCUGCAAAAUCACACACGAAGUCUUCAGGACAUACGAUGAGUUCUUUGAGAGGACCAUCCUGUGCAACAGUCUGGUGUGGAGUUGUGCUCUGACUGGUCGAGCCGGCCUGACGUACCUGGAGGCUGUGGAGAGCGAACGGCGCGCCAAGCAGAGUCUGCAGAGCUUCCCUCAGAGGCUGGUGGUGCCUCUGCUCCACCUGGCCGCUCUGAGCCAGCGCUGCAGGCUGUCCGAGCUCUGUGAGGAUGUGUACGCCUUCAUUAAAGACCGCUUCUUCCCUGGAGAGAUUGUGGACGUCAUGGAACGCAAUGGUGUCAGACAAGUGUGUGAGAUCCUGGAGGUGCACUCGCCUCAGUCCAGCGCCAACGGAGCACCAAUGGCUAACGGCCACGCCAAGCCAGCAGAUGGCACCAUCGUCAUCAGCGACAGCGAUGAGGAGUUUCAGAGUCCCCCAGCACAGGUCAACGGGAAGAAGAAGAAGCCUCUGAGUCCAUCGGUGUUUAAAUACACAGUCAGGAUGAUGAAGGACGAGCACAGCGAGCCUUUCACUGUCAAAGCUAAUGAAAUCAGUCGCAGGAAGAUGACUCUGUCCAGAGAGAGACUGAAGCUGCUCUUUAAACAACACUGUGAACUACAAAAUGGGACCAUUGCUCUUAAGCCCUCCACAGUGGGGAAGUUUCGGCUUUCUGAACAGAAUUUUUCUCAGUUCUUCCCUGAUGAACCCCCCCUCUUCCCCUUCAGCCCGCCCUCCAGAAGUCGGGGACAUGGCUCACCUGGGCAGGUGAGUUCAUCAUUCCUGAAGGCAGCAGAGAAGCUGAAGUUGCUGCAGCAGAAGGAAGAGAUGGCAGCUGCCAUGCAGGACAAAACUCGACUGAAGAAGGAGAAGGAGGAGGCCCAGGAGGCCAAGAGGAGGGAGAAGGAAGACAAGGAGAAGAUGAAGGAGGAGCAGAGGAGAAGGUUUGAAGAGGAGAAGCAGAGGAGGAGGGAGGAGAAAGAGCUCAGGAAGCUGGAGAAGGAAAGGGAACGAGAGAAGCUGAAGGAGGAAAAGAAGAAAUACGCUGAACAUCUGAAACUGUGGAACAAACCCAGAGAGGACAUGGAGUGUGAGGACCUGAAGGAGCUUCCCAGUCCAAUUCCAGUAAGAACCCGUCUUCCAGCUGAGCUCUUUGGAGAAGCUCUGAUGGUUCUAGAGUUCCUGCGGGCCUUUGGGGAGGAGUUUGACCUAAAGGAUGAGUUUCCUGAUGGCAUUUCUCUCGAGGUUCUAGAGGAGGCUCUGGUGGGAUCUGAUCCUGAAGGUCCUCUGUGUGAGCUGCUCUUCUUUUUCCUGUCGGCCAUCUUUCAGGCUCUGGAUGAGGAGCAGGAGGAAGUGGCCAAAGACCAAGCUGAAGACCUGACAGAGGCUCUGGAUGAUGACUCCAACCCGACCCACUCUGCUCUGAGUGCUGUUGCCUCUCUGGCUGCGGCGUGGCCUCAGUUGUAUCAGGGCAGCAGCUUGAAGCAGUUGGACCUUGACAGCUGCACGUUAUCAGAAAUCCUGCGGCUGCACAUCCUUUCGUCUGGUGCCGACUGUAACCACGGCAAUGCCAAGUUCCGCUACCAGAAGCAGGGCGGCUUUACUCUGAUGGAUGACCCAUGUGUAGAGCUGCGACUAGCUGAGCCAGCCCUGCUGAAGAGGCUGUCGUGCACGGCGGUGUACGAUCUGGCGCCAGGGGAGAAGCUGAGGAUCCUUAAGGCUCUGGUGGGGAAGCUGCUAACAUUGGCAUCCAGCAGAGAUCUGAUCGAAGACUGUGUAGAGGAGCAGAGAUCCGCUAGACAGGAGCUGAGAGAGGUCAGAGCUGAGCAGCACCGCAGGGAGAGAGAGGAGGCGGCCCACAGGGUUCGUCUUCGUAAAGAGGAGAAGCUGAGGGAGCAGGAGCAGAGGCUGAAGGAGAAAGAGGAGAAAUUAAAGGAGCAGGAGGUGAAAGGGAGUCUCCAGGCAAACAGUGAGAGUCCAGUUGAGCAGCGCUUUGAAGAUGAGGAGGAGCACAACUUCACAUCCAGCAACAGAAAGAAAGGGGCACGGCUGAGCACAGCAGCGGAUGUCAACCAAAAGGAACAGGGGCGGCACCAGACAAUCCGUGAGCCAAAGCCUCCAUCCUGCCCUCCGACCCUAACGGCAGAGGAGCUGGAGAAGGAGCAGGAGAAGGUUCGGGAGCUGCAAGAGCGGAUCCAAAAGGCAGCGGCCUGCACGUGCCUGCUGCCCCUGGGCAGGGACCGGAUGUACCGCCGGUACUGGUUGCUCCCUUCAGCCUCUGCCCUGUUUGUGGAGGAGGAUGGCUUCGGUCUGACGGAGGACAUGCUUUUGCCGCACCCAAAGGCUGAACGGGAUACCGCUGCGACAAAGGUGGAUGACGAGGAGGUCACCAAGGAGGAACCAGCUGAGGGAGAUGUUGGCUCCAGCCCCGCCCCCCUCCACACCUGUGGGCUGCCAGUCAACCGUCCCAACCAGUGGUCCUUCUACAGCUCCAUGGAGGAGGUGGAGCAGCUGAUUGAGGCGCUGAACCCUCGAGGCCACAGAGAGAGCAGCUUGAAGGAGGCUCUGCUGCAGGAGAGAGAAAAGCUGCAACAGCUGCUGCAGAGCUGCGACAGAAGCAAGUACAGGCACACAGACAAUCCUGAAUCUUCUAGAUCAGUCCCAGAAUGCACCGCUGCAGCAGAGACUCUGAUGGAAGUCAGGCUGAGAGACCUGCUGCUGGACAUCGAGGAUCGAAUACACCAGGGAACUCUAGGAACUUUGAAGGUGAUGGACAGACAGUUGUGGCGCUCAGCACUGGAGGCGGGAAACUAUGAGGUGCUGAGUUCAGACUGCAGAGAAAAUGGAGGAAUGAGUAGCCGAGUGGAGGCCAUGGAGGUGGACCCCAGCCACGUGAAGGCCAGAGACAGACUGCAGGAGCUGAAGUCGGACAGCAUGACUAGCGGCAAUGGAUCUCCUCAAGUGGUCAGCACUUCGGUUCGAAUCCUGGCACAUUCUCUAGGUCACAUUGAGCAAGGCAUAGAGAGGCGUUUCCUCAAAGCUCCACUCAGUGACGAGGACUCUAAGAAAGACCAGAAGAGCAAAAAGAACAAGAAAAAAGAUGAAGACCAUGCCAGCGAUGAUGGAAGUGACAGCGGUCGGGUCGUGAAGACCGUGUUGGAGCGAUGGAGGGAAUCUUUGCAGUCCUGCUCUAGUUUGUCUCAGGUGUUCAUCCACCUGUCCAGUUUGGAGCGAAGCAUCCUCUGGUCUCGCUCCAUCCUCAACGCCCGUUGCCGCAUCUGCAGAUGCAAAGGAGAUGCUGACAACAUGCUGCUGUGUGACGGCUGUGACCGAGGACAUCACACCCACUGUCUGAGGCCCCGCCUCAAGUCGGUUCCAGACGGCGACUGGUUCUGUCCAGACUGUCGCCCUAAACAGAGAUCCAAUCGCAUCCCAUCCCGCCAACGCUCUUCUAUUGACGAGGAGGAGGAGGGAGAGUCAGAGGAGAGAGAGACAGAGGAGGAAGAGUCAGAGGAGGAGGAGUCAGAAGAAGGGGAGGAGGUGGAAGAGGAUGUAGCAGUGAGCACCAAAAAGAGUCCGGCUCCACCCCCCAAAGGCAGGAGCCAGCAGUCCACAAAGCCAAACGCAACAGGGAAAACCUCAUCCUCUUCCAGGUCCUCUGGUAAAAAGGCCACACCCCCGAUACUGAAGGCCAACGCAACAUCUGGUGGAAAAGCACCACCUCGUUCUGUGAAUCGGAGCAGUGCCCGCCUAAGCCACGAGAUCCUGGCACCAAGCAUCAACACCAAACCUAUACCUGGUCAGAAGGAGUCCCGCAAGAGGCAAUCAGCAGAGACCGCUCUCACUCCUAAAGCCACCAAACCCGUCCUCUCUGCCUCCACCUCGUCCAGCCGACGCUCCUCUGGGAGGAACCACGGCGUCCACGAGUUGUCUGCCUGUGAGCAGCUGAUUGUGGAGUUGGUGAGGCAUGAAUACAGUUGGCCCUUCAUGAAGCUGGUGUCAAGGACUCAGGUGCCUGAUUACUUUGACAUCAUCAAGAAGCCCAUAGCUCUUAGCACCAUCAGAGAGAAAGUCAACAACUGUGAAUAUCAAACAGCAGGUGAGGUCAUCUCAGACGUGGAGCUGAUGUUCUCCAACUGUUUUCAGUACAAUCCCCGUCACACUAACGAGGCCAAGGCUGGGCUUCACCUGCAGCAGUUCUUCCACUCGGAGCUCAGCAGACUAGGUCUAUCGCAGUGUGCUGUUACCCUGCCUGCCAAGCGCUCUAGACUCUGAAACACCCUGUGACCUCAACAAAGCCCGCUACUGUAUUGUGACUGGGGCUGGAAGUGGUUCCCCUCCUGAUGGAAUGAGGUGGUGCUGAAAUAAUUUCAUGGUUUCACUUUUCUGAGAACUUGAACAGACAAUCACCCUGCCUGAGUGACAGCUCAUUGUCAGAAGUCAUGAAUAAAUCAAGAACCCAACAUUAAUUAGAUGAUAACGUUGUGGAGCUAACCUGAGACAGAUGUGACCUGUUCACUGUGAGUUGAUAGAAAUGUAGAAAAGCUGUGCAGUAGAUUUCCUCCAGCCUGCUGAUGCAUUCAUCACUUCUGCGUGGGUACGUAGUAGGGACGUGCCUGUGGUGCUGUAGGACCGUAGAGGCAGUAGUGUCCUGAUGUUUCCUUUCACCCCGAAUAGCAAAAACCACUAAAGAAGUUUCAGUUUUGCACUGAUGAUGAAAAAAAAUCAAACCAGGCUAACUGUUUGCUCAGGGACAGAAAUUUAGAGUUGAGUGAAAAUGUUUUCUGGUAGUGCAGCCUUUUCUAUUAUUGGACCAAAUUGUUCUGUUGCUGCCAACGCUGGAACACUUACACAGCCAGUUGUUGCUCAGGGAGUUUGAUGUGAGACAAACAGGGUUAAUAAAAAUGGGAGUUUGUACGUUUCUGCUGAAAACCUGCGUCACCAUCAAUCUAUUCGAUCCUGAUUGAGGCGACAACACAACGCUUUUCAUCAUUCUUGGAUUUAAGAACAUCAAAGUGAAGUUCUGAUAUCAAAGACACAGUUAAUUUAAUUACUGAGUAUUCAGCAAAUGGGCAGAACAGCUCAGUGAAGUUUGGGGUCUAAGUUGUAAAAAAUACAAAGGCCAAACGUAUGGAAGCUAAUGUAAGGCUACUGGAUGUGAGGUCUGACCCUUAGAGCAACAGUUCAACAUGGUUGAUGUUUAUGGUGAUUCAUGGCUCAGCUGAUUUAAAAACUCAUGAAUAAAGAAAACUAAAUAAUUGAUGGCUUUACAUCAGAGUUUACUUUAUUCUUACAGGUAGGUAUUUGAAGACAUGUCUGCAGGUAAAGACACUGAUGAGUAGGAUGCGAUUAAUGUAGCUUAGCAUCACCAGCUUUUAUUGUUGCCCUGUUGUACUCAGACCUGUGAAAAGCUGUCUAACUGUCCCUUUACAAGCUGAGCUGCUGUGGCCUCUGGAUUUUUAGUUAUGUUUUGUGUUUCGACUACUGCAACGUUUCCUGCUUUAGUGUGUUGGGCUGUUUUUUUGCUGUGUUGUUGGGUCAGGCCAGCUGUAGACCCUACACUGGAGCCCCGCACCUCCUGCUGUGUGUAUUUAUUUAGUUGAAGCCUCUGCUUUAUUUAUGACUGAUGCUCUUUGCCUGUUUGUUCUAUUGUAAAAAUAAUAAAUGGACUUUUUAUAACCA